AUGACUGACAGCCGUAUCCCGCGGCGAUAUACCAUCGACAGGCCGCGGUCCCUGUUGGAGAACUACUACGGCGUCUCGCCUGAAGGCAGCAAUGAUGAUGGCCAGCGGCUCUACGUGCGCAGGAGGGCGGCCUCGCGGACCAACCCCGAUUUGGUCCUCUACGACGGGCCCAGCGACGAGUGCCCCGUGCGGGCCGUCUCACACAUCCUCGCCCUGUCGCCCAGGUUCAAGCUCGGGCUCGGUGAUCCGGCUGACGCAAACGCCGUGGUGUGGGAGGACAUGAGCCGGCCGCUCGGACUCGCAAACAACUUCUCGUGGUCCAUGAUGCUUCAUGUUCCCGAUGAUGUAAGCGGACGACGACAUGAGGAGAGGCGAUGGUUUGUGUGGAAGCGGACGCGCCAUGUCACGGCCGACGGCAUGGCCAAGUCGGCGCUCAGCAGUCGCAAUUGGAAGCUGCUGGACGGGGGUCAAGGCGAACGAGGCGGUGGCGGCGGCGGGCCGACGGUGCUCGCCGUCUUCACCGGCGUCAUCAAGAGGGGCUUGUGCGGGACGCUGCAGGUCAAUGUCGACUACGGGGCCGAGUUUGACACCAUGGUGUUUAUUACGUGCUUGAGCCUGUACGAGCGGGCGAGGAGGGAGUGAGUGAUGACCGG